AUGCCGUACUCAUCACCCCUGCCACGCAUCGACAUACCAAAAUGCAACAUCCUAUCAUACCUCUUCCCACCAGACAAGCCAGUCCCUCCUCGGCCGCAAUGGAUCGACGCGGCGGACUCAUCCCACAGUCUAUCAGCAGCACAGAUGCUGUCAUGGGUGAAACGGUUCGCAAUGGGCCUCGACCGGCUCGGAGUACGCGAGCAGGAAACCAUCAUGGUCUUCUCGCCCAACCACCUGUACGUGCCGAUGGCGUACCUCGCAGCCGCAGGGUCGAAACGAGUAUUCACGGGCGCCAACCCAAUCUACACGGCCGCCGAGGUGGCGCACCAGAUGAAAGCGAUUUCCGCGGCCGUGGUCCUAGUCCACCCAUUGCUGCUGGAGACGGGAGUUGCAGCCGCGACACAGGCCGGGAUCCCUUUGGAUCGAGUAUUUUUGUUUUCGGCGGAGCAUCCUCCCAAAACCACAGCUAACAGUGCCGUACGCGACUGGAGAACCAUGGUGGCCUCCGAAGCCGAAGCACAAUCCUGGCAAUGGGACACAUUGGAGCGUAACAACGCCGCCGAGAAAACCAUUGCAGCCAUCAACUUCUCCAGCGGCACGACCGGCCUGCCCAAGGGCGUAUGCAUCACGCACCACAAUCUGAUCGCCAACGCGUCACAGUGUAUCUUUGCUCGCUUCUGGGGAAUCGACAACCCGCCUCCUGAACGAUGGCUUGCCUUUCUCCCACUGUAUCAUGCCUACUCGCAACUGUGGACCAUCAACAUUGCAUGCAAGCUCCAGAUCCCCGUGUACGUGAUGGAAAAGUUUGUCUUUGAGGAUUUUCUGGCAUAUAUCCAAAAAUACAAAAUCACCUCGUUGCAAUUGGUCCCGCCUGUCCUGGUCAUGUUGACGAAACGGCCCGAAACAAACAAAUAUGACCUUAGCAGUCUCAAAUCCGCAAUGUGUGGCGCCGCACCCUUGUCAAGUGAAUUGCAGAACGAGGUGUUGCGUCGGUUCAAUAUUGUUGUCGUGCAGGGAUGGGGUAUGACGGAGACCACGUGCGGGGGUAUUAUCAUGCCCGGCGUGCAAGCAGACCAUACGGGCAGUAUUGGGUAUUUGUUGCCGAAUACAGAGGCCAAAUUGGUCGAUGAGGAUGGUCGCGAAGUCACGAAGGAAGGAGAACCAGGCGAGCUGUGGGUGCGGGGUCCGCAGAUGUUGCUUGGGUAUUGGCGCAAUGAACAGGCCACGAAAGAAUCAAAGACCGAUGAUGGCUGGUUCAAGACUGGUGAUGUGGCCGUCUGUAAGGGUCAAAAGUUCUGGAUUGUCGAUCGCAAAAAGGAGCUGAUCAAAGUCAAUGGGUUGCAGGUUGCUCCUGCGGAACUCGAGGCUGUUUUGCUGGAAAAUCCGGAUGUUGCGGAUGCCGCGGUUGUGGGUGUUGUCGUCCAUGGCGAGGAGUUGCCUAGGGCCUAUGUCGUGCUGCAGGAAACUGCAAAGAGAAAGGGUACCACGGAACAGGAUAUCAAGGACUUUGUUGCCGCUAGGGUCGCUAAACAUAAGAGGCUUGAAGGUGGUGUCAAGUUCAUUGAUGAAGUGCCCAAGUUGGCUAGUGGAAAGAUUGUCCGCAAGCUUAUGAAGGAGUGGGCUAAGAGAGAUGCGAAAGAGGUCGAACGGACGGUCAAGCCGAGACUGUGA